CGCCGCCCGCCCGCCGUUGCCAUGUCGCGACGGCCCGGCUGGCUGCCGCCCCAGCUAUCGCCGGCGGCGGCGGCGGCGAGGCUGCGGCGGGCGGCCGGGUUCCUGGCGCGCGCGCUGCCCCUCUGCCGCGCCCACACGGUGGAGUUCUACACGGGCGGGCUGUGGGACCGCCUGGUGGCGCCUCCCCCCGCCGCCGUGCUGCGGGAGCUGCGCGCCGCCGGGCCACUGGCACUGCGGCGCCCCCUGGCGGAAGGCGGCGGCGCCGCGGCGGCGCUGUGGGAUGAUGACGACAUGUUUUCCGAUGUGUUUUGUGAAAACUCUAAGAAGCUUAUCAAUGUACAUUUGUUUGCCUUGGCUGCUAAAUAUUAUUCUUUGUCCAGCCUUGGAGUGUGUACCCCGUUAGAAGAUGUACUUGAAGCACUGAGAGGAGACAAUCAAGGAACAACAGGUAUCAAAACUGAUGAGUUUAUGAAUAAUAAGAAAUCACAUGAAGUGCAGGUGAUGUCAGAGCUGGUAGACAACAUAGCGAAUUACUGUGGUAUAAAGCAGGUAAUUGAUAUAGGUUCUGGAAAAGGCUACUUGAGUUCAUUUUUGUCCAUGCAAUAUAACUUAAAAGUUUAUGGAAUUGACUCCUCAAACACCAACACUAAUGGUGCUCAUGAAAGGAACAGAAAAUUGAAGAAACACUGGAGAGCGUAUCAGAGUCGAGGAAGAGCAAACCUCAAAAGCCAGAGGUUGGAAAAGGCAAAUGACAGGCCAGUGGAAAAUGAAGUUAAAUGUAAAGCAAUCAUUGAAAAGCCCUUAAAUAAUGACAGCAGUCUUCAAAGUCAGGACCAAGGGACUAUCCAAGAUUUAGUUCCUUCUUGUGGUUUCACAGAAAUAGCUACAUCUGAAACCAGCAAACAAACUGAAGUUGAUUUGGUGGCGCGGACACAGUCUGAUGAAAGCAAACUUUCUGAAGAGGUUCUUGCUAUUUUAAAUGUUCUGCCUGCUGAUGCUGUAGAAGUUUUUUCUUCAUCUCAGUGUAACUGUGGGGAACUCUGUGAAGAAGAAAAGGCACAAAGAAAAAUGGCAUCUCUCAAGGCUAAAGCAAGCAAGUCGAGUGAAUCAAACCUGUAUUUUCCAUUGACCUCUUGCAUCACUGCAGAAACAGAACUCAGUGACAUCAUAACAGAUCUGGAGGACUGUAUGAUGGUGGGUCUACAUACAUGUGGAGAUCUUGCUGCAAAUACACUACGAAUUUUUACUGCCAAGCCUGAAAUCAAAGCAGUUUGCAGUGUAGGCUGCUGCUACCAUCUGUUGUCAGAACAGUUUGAAAACCAAGAAGAAUGCCCAGAGGAAGUGUGGGGAUUUCCCAUGUGUCAGUACUUGAAGGACGAGGGCUGGUGCUGUGGUCGCAAUGCUAGAAUGUCAGCAUGCUUGGCUUUGGAGCGAGUUGCAGUUGGCCAAAUGCUGCCUACAGAAUCAUUGUUUUAUCGAGCUGUUCUUCAGGUUAUUAUAGAAGAAAUUUAUGGUGUCACCAAAAGUGAUCGACAUGUUGGGAAAAUUUUCUCCAAAUCAUCCUCCUUCAUAGAUUAUGUCAGAAAGUCUCUGAAAAAGCUGGAACUGGAUGAUUCAAAGGAGCUGGCCACUCUUACACUUGUUAGCCUUGCUUCUUUCAAACAGCAAGAGCAAUCACUCCUUCCUCUCCAGCAGAACAUGUUUCAGCUCUGUUUGUAGCUGCGUUGCAGAUGGAUUUAAAACCGAGCCUCUUCAUUAAUACAUUUGAUUGCUGCUGAAGGCAGUAAAUGCUACAAAUGGCACUGCCACAGCAAAAAGUCCUUGUAUAAGUAUUUUUGUAUUCCUAGAGUCUUUGAAGAAAAAAAACCCAAAACGUUCUUAAACUGCCUGCUGUCCCGUAGUUCUUGGGGUAGAUUAGCAAAAGAUCUUUCACGGGGCCUGGCUUUAAGGCGAUUAAAGGGAGCAAGUGGUUACAAGGCUAAUGCCUGGAUGCGUGUCUGGCAGACUUUGUGAUGCACGACCCAGCUAGGAUCCGUUGCUGCCAGGGAGCGCGAGCCUCGGCGGGUGGAGCUGUACAACAAAGAGAAGCUGGCCAGGAUUCAUGUGAAGUGCGGUCUGGGAAUAAGGAGAGAAUGCUAUUUAAUGCCACAUCCGAUUGCAGGAAGAUAUGCAGGGCUGGAAACACUCCUGACACAUCCGCAAAGAAAAGCUAUUAGUCACUUUUUGAUUUCAUCUCCUGCUUUAUUCACGCUAUAGUUACUGCUGUGGGCUAAUAGCAUAUAAGGUAGUUACUUUGUCUUAGUCAAAAUACUUCACAAAGCACUUAACCCUUUCAGAUGUAGGCAUAGGCUGCGGAGAUUCAAUAGCAUUUUCAGAGGUAGGGUCACCUUAAGCUUUCACACAUAAAGAGAAGCUUAUGUGCCUGUCAGCGAGUGUGUUGGUGCAGAUUUACUUGGUUUUGUUUAACUGAGCUUCCAAGUCUCCGUGACCGGUGUAUUUCGGUUUCAAACAGUCUAGUGCCUGCACGUAACUUGAAGUUGCUGGGGCUCUUCCCCUGGAAAAAGUCAUUUAUUUGGCUGCUGCCCCACCUAACAACCUGAGAUGAGAUCUGCAACAAUAAACAGAUGGUUAAUGCCUAGUUCCUGCCAUCCCUGUUUGCUCUAACGCUGACCAGACUUCUUAAAAACAGCUGCUGCCC